GGCCUACGUCUGGCGCCGAUCUAUCACGCCAGACUUAAAUAGCUUUAUUAGAGCAACAUUCUUCCGACUAAACACCGUGCUUGCUCCCUUCUUGAAUCCCUAAAGGCCAUUGUUCCACCCGGCUAUCCCUGCGUCUUCGCUGAAUAUAAAACCCACCCAUUAUCCAACAUCACAACAUGGCCCGCAUCCUCAUAACAGGCUCCACAGACGGCUUCGGCCUCGAAGCCGCCCGCCAACUAGUCCAACGAAACCACACCGUCUACCUCCACGCGCGAAACCAAGAGCGCGCAGCCGCCGCCCAAGCCAAAUGCCCCGGCGCAGCCGGCGUGCUCAUCGCCGACUUAACCAGCGUGGCCGAGACACGCAAACUCGCUGAGCAAGCCAACGCGAUAGGAGCCUUCGACGCCGUCAUCCUCAACGCGGGAAUGCUCUCCGGGCCCUUCCGCAAGACGCCUGACACCGGUGUCCCGGCUAUGGUUUUCGUUAACGUCAUUGCGCCUUAUAUCCUUGCUUGUCUGUUGACACAGCCGAAGCGGCUUGUGUUUAUUGCUUCGGUUCUUCACCGCGAGGCUGAUACCGACGUGAAGGAUAUCUUCUGGUUUCAGCGGGGGGAGGAGCAGUUCCGUGAUUUUCCGGCUUACUGCGAUUCGAAGCUGCAUGUGAUCCUGCUGGCGAAUGCCGUGGCGAGGAGGUUUAAGGGCACCUCUGUCACGGCUGUGCAUCCCGGCUGGGUGGCUACUAAGAUGGGAGGCCAGAGCGCGACUGGUAAGAUGGAAGAUGGGCUCGAGACCUAUGUUAUGCUGGCAGAGGGAGACUACGAUCAGAGUCUUACUGGGGUGUAUUUUGACCCUAAGAGGCAGAUCGGGGAGCCUCUUCCGCUGACGGCGGAUGAGAAUUUGCAGGAGGUUGUUGUGAAGGCUUGUCAGGAUGUUACUGGCCUUACGCUGCCUGCUUAGGGUGGCAUGUUGGGACUGCGUGGUGACUAGCGUGUGCCCACUAAUGUGUGUAUUGCAUUUGGGUUAUUCUAGACUAGACAUGUGGAGUUUUUUCAAAAGCUGGACCCGAGCUCCACUGGUAGUGGCAGGUCAAUUUGACUGGGACUGGACAUUUGUAUUUUCUCAUGUCUUGUCUUGUUAAUGCUGAGUACUGUUUGGCUGAUGAGCACUCUGUG